ACAGUUCAGUCAUUUUGUCGUAUAUUCACACAGUUGUGCAAUCAUCAUCACAGUCCAUUUGAGAAUAAUUUUAUCACCUCAAAAAGGAUCCCUGUUACCUCCUUCCAAUACUAGGUAACCACAAAUCUACUUUUUGUCUCCCUAGAUUUGCCAAUUCUGGACAUUUCAUGUAAAUGGGACUAUAUGAUACCUGGGGUUUGGUGUCUGGCUUCUUUCCCUUAGUGUGUUUUCGGGAGUCAUUCCUGCUGUGGCGUCCAGCAGGCCUUCCCUCCUGGGUGUUGCCAAAUAACAGUCCUCUGCGUGAAGGGAUCACAUGUACCUGCUGCCUCACGUGGGCAUCUGCGUUGUUUCUGCUUUCUGGCCAUAAUGAAUAAUACUGCUGGGAGCGUUCCUGCGUGAGGUUUUGUGCAGACAUAAAUUUUCCUUUCUCUUGGGUCUGUCUCUGUGGGUGGGGAUCGCUGGGCCACGUGGUAACUGUGUUUAACUUUUUGACGACCUGCCACACUGUUACUCAUUUUACUUCACACCAGCCCUGUGAGGCGGUUCUAGUUUCUCCACACCGUCCUCAAACUUGUUAUUGUCUGAUUUUUUAUUUUAGCCAUCCUAGAAUGAGUGUUGUGGUAGCUCACUUAUGGUUUUGAUUUGCAUUCCCUUCAUGGUUAAUGAUACCUAGUAUCUUUUUGUGAGCUUAGUAGCCAUUUAUUCAUCUUUGGGGAAAUGUCUCUUCAGAUCCUUUCCACUUGGUUUUACAAUGUGGUUAAUUGUCUGGUGGUUAAUUGUCCUGUUUAUUGUUGAGUUGUCAGAGUUCUUUCUUUAUUUUGGGUAUAUGAUCUGAAAACAUUGUUUCUCUCAUUCUGGGAAUUGUCCCGAGUCUCUUGCCGGUGUCUUGAAGCACAAUGUUUCAGAUUUUGUCCAGUUUAUCUGUUAUUUCCUCUUCGUGCUUGUGCUUUUGGUGUCACAUCUAAGAGCUGUUGCCACAUUGAAGGUGAUGAAAAUCUGUGCUUAUGUUUUCUUGUGAGAGUUUAAUAGUUUAAGCUUAGAUUUGAGAUCUUUGACCUGCUUUGGGGUUAAUUUUUGUAUAUGUUGUGAGGUAGGGAGCCAAAGGCAUUAUCCUUGGGUCCAAAAACAUACCCAAGCUUUUACAUUUUCAGUUAUCUUUGUGAUUUUUUUUUUUAAUUUAAAAAUUUGAGGGGGUAAUAAAUUGUUGUAGAUCUGAGGCUCUCACUAGCUGCCCUUGGGUAGAUUUUUAUAGAUGCUUGCUGAUUACAGUAAUAACCUCAGUCCCUAGCAUAUACUAAGCAGCCUACAGAAGUUAGGGUUUCCAGAGGGGACUGAGGAGAGAGAAGGAGUGAAUAGUUGGGUCAGGAACUCAGUAGGAAACUGAGUGUAGGGAAGGCUAGCAAAGCACCAUCCCUCCAGUUCCUAAUGUGUGACAAGGCUGCAGGCUGAUGCAAGCGGCUCGUGCUUGUGACUGGCUUGUUCCUAGGGAGCGAGGGGACCGGAUUCCUCCGCUCUGUAAUGUUUAGCAGUACAGUGCCGAUGGAAGUUGUUGUCUCGUCCUCGGGAGAAGGUGGUGCGUUGGUGGCCCAGGGAAGUGGAGUCUUGAUCUCUGUGCUGUAACCAUAUCCGCUCAUUAGAAGCACUGCCUGUUCUGCGCUGCUCCCCGCGUCACCCCGCUUCUCAUCCAAGUAGCCGUCACUGUGCGGCUUUUGUCUCCCAGCCACAUCGUGAUCCCUUCAGAGUUUUCCUUAUGUUAUUUUUUUAAACUCACAGUAAUAGAAUUUUAUUAUUUUUAGCAAAGUCAUAAUUUAGAAUGAGCAAAGAACGGAGACGCGUCAGGAUGAUAGCCAACAGAAGAUGUCUGCUAGUGAUUGCAGCAGUAAUUUCUGUUUGCACGAAGAAAAAACUUUAUACAGCUAUAAGCCUUUUGAAACUUGCUCUUUUCUGUAUUUUCUCAAUGUGUCUGAAAAUCGAUUGAGCUUUUAGGUUAGUAAGAUGCAAAUCUUGCCAUCCUCCUUUCAGAUUUCUUUACAAAGCCUCGUGAACCGUGGGAGGAUGUCAGAGUUUCCUGAAAGGACCUGUGCGUACAGGGAUUUGCCCAGACUGCCUGUCAGUAGACAUCCGUCUGAGCUUUCUACUCUUCAUCUUUUUGCAGACAGAAUCCACUCCCAAAUGCCUGGAAAUUCCUCACUGGAUCACUGGGCUUUCCACAGAGAUUCGUGAGCAGCCUUUCAUCUUCAGCCAGAAAGAAAGAUGUGGAAGGCUUCGGCGGGCCAUGCCGUGUCCAUCACCCAGGACGACGGGGGCGCCGACGACUGGGAGACCGACCCUGACUUCGUGAACGAUGUGAGCGAGAAAGAGCAGAGAUGGGGGGCGAAAACCGUGCAGGGCUCUGGGCACCAGGAACACAUCAACAUACACAAGCUGAGAGAGAAUGUUUUUCAAGAACACCAGACCCUCAAGGAGAAGGAGCUUGAAACAGGACCGAAAGCCUCGCACGGUUAUGGAGGGAAGUUCGGUGUGGAACAGGACAGGAUGGACAAGUCAGCUGUCGGCCAUGAGUACCAGUCGAAGCUCUCCAAGCACUGCUCCCAGGUGGACUCCGUCCGGGGCUUUGGAGGCAAGUUUGGUGUCCAGGUGGACAGAGUUGACCAGUCUGCUGUAGGCUUUGAAUACCAGGGGAAGACCGAGAAGCACGCCUCACAGAGAGACUACUCGAGCGGUUUCGGCGGCAAGUAUGGCGUGCAGGCCGACCGGGUGGACAAGAGCGCCGUGGGCUUUGACUACCAGGGCAGGACGGAGAAGCACCAGUCGCAGAAAGAUUACUCCAAGGGCUUCGGCGGCAAGUAUGGCAUCGACAAGGACAAGGUGGACAAGAGCGCCGUGGGCUUCGAGUACCAGGGCAGGACGGAGAAGCACGAGUCGCAGAAAGACUAUGUGAAAGGGUUUGGAGGAAAAUUCGGUGUACAGACAGACAGACAAGACAAAUGUGCUCUUGGCUGGGAUCACCAGGAGAAAUUGCAACUGCACGAAUCCCAAAAAGAUCAUAAGCCUGGUUUCGGAGGCAGAUUUGGUGUUCAGUCCGAGAGGCAGGACUCCUGUGCUGUGGGGUUUGAUUACAAGGAGAGACUGGCCAAGCACGAGUCCCAGCAAGACUACUCCAAAGGAUUCGGCGGAAAAUACGGGGUGCAGAAGGAUCGGAUGGAUAAGAACGCUUCCACGUUCGAGGACGUUGCCCAGGUGGCCCCUGCUUAUCAGAAGACCAUCCCCGUCGAGGCGGUGAACAGCAGAACAAGCAACAUUAGAGCGAACUUUGAAAACCUGGCAAAGGAGAAGGAGCAGGAGGACAGGCGGAAGGCGGAAGCCGAGAAGGCCCAGAGGCUGGCGAAGGAGAGACAGGAACAGGAGGAGGCCCGGAGGCAGCUGCAUGAGCAAGCCCGAGCCCAGAAGCCAACGCCCCCAGCCUCCCCGACUCCUCAGCCGGCUCAGGAGAGGCCACCCCCAAGCCCCGUCUACGAGGACGCGGCUUCAUUCAAGGCCGAGCCCGAGCCCGAGCCCGAGCCUGAGCCCAGGUACAGCAUGGAGGCGGCCGACUACCAAGACGCCGGCAGCCAGCAGGGCCUGGCCUACGCCUCGGACCCCGUCUAUGAGGCCACAGAGGCCCCCGGGCACUAUCCAGCAGAGGAAAACACCUACGACGAAUAUGAAAAUGACCUUGGGAUCACGGCCGUCGCCCUGUACGACUACCAGGCUGCGGGCGACGAUGAAAUCUCCUUCGACCCCGACGACAUCAUCACCAACAUAGAGAUGAUCGAUGACGGCUGGUGGCGCGGGCUGUGCAAGGGCAGGUAUGGGCUCUUCCCGGCCAACUACGUGGAGCUGCGGCCGUAGGUGCCCGGCGGGAGGCCGCUGUACAAACCGCUUUUAUACGUGAUCCUUCCACUGAUGCUUUUGGAAAUGCUCAUGCCACUGAAUUCGCUAAUAUAUUGUAAUCACACACCUUAGGAGGACUCGGGUAAUCGAUUUUAUGCAUUUAAGGCAUUUUCUUUGUUUCUGCCAAAUUGACUGUCACGUGGAGCCACUUCGGGACCCUCGGCUGUCCUGAGUGCAUGCUGUCCUCGCCCCACCGGUGGCGGUCGGGACCCCUGACACGCUGCCUGUGCUCGGACCGGCCACGCGCUGUUGGGCGGGAGUCACUGUCCCCGGCAGAGGGGGGACUGACGGGAGGCUGGGACUGAGAGCAGGGGUGCAGCGGGCGGCAGCUUUAGCUCUGGGUGGGAGCACCUUCGCGUUUCCCCAGACCCGCGCUCUCCCCCUCCCUCCCUUGUCCCUCCCCUGGCACCUGCUGCCAGGAGGGCUGCUCCUGCCGCGGCUCCUGCCCCCGAAGCAGCGUCACGCAGCGCUGGUGCACACCGCCCCCUCCGGGCGGCCCCGGACGGCCCCGGACGGCCCCCCGCUGCGGGAAGGCAGCCGCCUUCACUGUCGUACCCUGCCAGAAACAUUUUUCCCGUCAAGGCACUCGUGUUCAUUGUGCCAAAAUACCACGUCACAUGACAGUCAAAUGCGAUCGAUUGACUUGGCUAAAGAGUGAAGCGGAGAGUGCGUUCUCCCACCCCGGACGCUCCCCGUGGACACUGCCUGGGAGCACAUCGCCCUCCUGAUAGCCGGGGAGGCCAGGUCAGCACUGGCAACGGUCCGGGGCAGUCUUUCCGGAAGAUUCUGUCGCGGUGUCUCGGGUGUUGGGGACAUGAGCGUCUACUUCCUAAAGUGCGUUUCUGCAUAAUCCUUGCUUUACCACAAUUAGGUCGGGUUUUAUAUGCAAUUAUUGUAUCUACGUUCUUGUAGCACACAUCAUAGGUAUGAUUUUUUUUAAAUUAAAUAUUCAAAAUAAACUUUUUUGAUCCACUUGCUUGCUGA